AUGAUACAGGUGUACGGGAAAGAUGGGUGGUUCUUGCUGGAGGACGGAUCAUACCGUGUCGUGCUUGACAGACUCCUGGAAGAACAGGAGCAGCAGGAUCAGAAACAAGAAGCAGCAGCUGCAGAAGAGGCAUCACCACAAAAUGGUAUGGAAGUUUCAUGUGUGGAUUGUGAGGCAUCGAAUGAAUCUCAGUCAGCCUUUGAACGGCAAGCUUCUCCCAACAGUUCACCUACCCUAGAACAUGUACUGCCACUGCCUCCAGCCAAAGGACCUCCUCGUGCAAGGCGUCCCUGCUAUGGAUGGAUCAGUGAAGAGUCUGACACUGAGAGUGAACCAGAAGAUGGAGAAAUGCUUUCUGAUGUAGCAAGGCCUGUAGUUUUUCCAAAAAAGGAUGUACCAAAUCCUGUGGAAAUGUUGCCUCCUAAGAGGAAGCGACCAAGUAGAUGGGAUGUGUGCCCUAACUGAGAUUUGGGCUGAGAUCAAAGUUGCAAGAUGGUGGCCUUCAAGGAUCGAGAAGUCCUAAUGCAAGGUGCAAAAUUGUGUCCAUCAACUUUCACAUGUAUCUAGUAUCUUGUACGUAUAUAGCAUAUUUAGCUGGGAGCAGUGAGCAAGAUGAGACAAAUGUAGCUGCUGAUUGGUUGCAGAUUGACACCAGAACGCAGAUUGCUGCUGUUGUUUGACAUUGUUUG